AUGACUUCAUCUAUUGAUCAAGCAGAUACUCUGGAAUUAUCAUUAACAAUAUCGAUGAUAACACCUGCUGAAAUUCGAGCUAAUCUUGCUCAAAUACGUUAUCAACGAUGUGUUUUAAUCAAACAUGGCAUGUUUCCUCGUUUGAGUGAUGUUCAACUACUGAUUCAUCGUAACUUAAUGGAUAAAUUGAUUAAAGUACUUGAAGAGAAUGACCAAGAAAAAGUAUGGCUAGUACCUGAAAAGGUAAAAGAAAGUCUUUGCUUUCUUGAAAAAGUGGACAACGAUCCUGAUAGCGAAGAUGACGACGACGACGAUGAUGAGGAGGAUGAAGAAGAAGAAGAAGAAGAAGAAGAUAACAAUAAUUCGAAUAUAUCAACAACAAAUGUUCAGCCAAAUAAGGCAACUAAAACGAAUGAUGUAUCAACACAAAGUGGUUCUCUUCAUUAA